AUGGCGAAGACCAGCACCUCAAAGAAGGCGGGCGCCAGCUCAUCGGCGGCGUCCGCCUCGUCAUCCUCGACCUCGUUGGAACAAGUGCAGGCAUUGCAAUCGGCGCUCUUGUCCUCGUCCGACCUCAACCCUCUCACCGACCUCCUCGCCCUCGCGAAAAAGCUCGCCAAGCUCGGCGCUUCCUCCUCGACCGAACGCUCGAGCAAGGAAAAGAAGGAUGCUGCUGUCGCUGUUCACCGUGCUGUCCUCGUGCUGGUCCGAUCCAUGAAGUCGCUCAGCGCCGACGACAGGAUCGCCUUCGAUAAGGAUGUGGACCAGGACGGCUACAUCCUCCCCUACGGUGCCAAGGCAGGCAACAAUGCAGCGGCUUCAGCGGCUUCUUCGUCAGCAAAGGCCAAGGAGGCGCAGAACAAGGUGGCCGACUGGAUCAGGAUGCGUUGGAACGAGACGGUCGAGCUCCUCUGCGCCCUGCUCGCUCACGAGGUCGAAGCACUCCGCCUGGAAGCACUCCAGAUGAUCGUCGAGCUCGAGACCUCCGCUUCCUCUUCUCUCACGCGUAUCGCCGCCGCUUCCAAGGCUUCAUCCAAAGCAGGCUCGUCCAGCAAAGAAUCGCCUCUAUCCCUCUCCACUACGCCCGCCCUUUGGUCGGCAUCGCCGUGGCGUGCGCUGACUCUUGCGCUCAUCGCAGGACCGCCUAGCCUUACCAAGCUUGGGCACGGCGACGCAGGCACGCGCUACCAGGUGGUGCGUGUGCACGCGGGUGUGCCCGAGGACGUGCGCAGCAAGUUCAUCCAGAGCGGCCUCGAGGAGUACGACGACGUCCGCUUCGCCACGCUCCGCGAGAUCAGCCUGGCGCUGCGAAAGCCCGCACCGAGCACUCUCGGUAACACGCAGCUUCGCGCACACACGCUUGCGCUCCUCAUCCAGCUCACUGCAAUUCCGACUUCGGCCGACGAUCUGAACAACUUCCUGGUCGACGAGCUGUCGAUUCCGCCGCUUGGAUCCAGCGGUGGAAAGAAGAAGAAGAAGAAGGCUGCAGCUGGCGGCAAGGGCCUCUCGGUGGUGGAUGACGGUGACUCGGACGAUGGUCAGGAGGAGGAGGACGAUGACAUGACUGGCUGGUUCUCGGACUCGGACGACGAGGGUGGCGUGCGCGCGGGUGCCACUGAAGGCGAGCAGCGUCGCGCAGCAGAUAAGAAGGCCAUUGGUGGAUUGGGCGCAGCCGCACGCGCUGCUGGAGCCUCCAAGCGCAAGAGGCGAACCUUGCACGAGAUGGUACACAGCAUCGGUGCCCAGCGCGGCGCGUUCUCGGCCGCGUGGCUCGAACUUCUGCUUCCUCGUCGCCAGACCGAGAAGUCGGCUGCUGCCGCUGGCGUCGCGCCAGGCUCGCUCAUCGGUGGUGAGCUCAGUCUGGCCGCCACGCACGAGGUGCUGGUACGACUGCACGCGCAGAUCCUGCCACAUCUCAGCAAGCCGACGCUGCUGCACGACUUCCUGGUUUCGUGCCUCGACUCUCGCGGUGCCACGGCUCUGCUGGCGCUCAAUGCGAUCUUCACGCUCGUCACCAAGCACAACUUGGACUACCCGCAGUUCUAUACGCGGCUGUACGCCAUGCUCGACGCGUCGGUGCUGCACAUGAAGUACCGCGCGCGCUUCCUGCGGCUGCUCGAGACGUUCCUCUCGUCGACGCAUCUGUCUGCGACGCUCGUGGCGAGCUUUGCCAAGCGACUCUCGCGGCUGAGUCUGCGUGCGCCUCCCGCAGCCAUCGCGUCGGUGGUGCCAUUCGUGUACAAUCUGCUGAAGCGCCACCCGCGCUGCAUGGCUAUGGUGCACAAGGAGUGGGACGGCGACCGCCUCAACAUCGGACCUGCUGGCGUCGACGACCCAUUCGACGCUGACGAACAGGACCCGCUCAAGACGCAGGCGCUCGAGAGCUCGCUGUGGGAGCUGGCGAGCUUCGGCGCCGCUGCCGUGGCCAAGGGCAACAGCGGUGGUCCUGCCAUGGGCGGCGACGAAGGCAGCAUCCUGCCUGGCGAGGCGCAUUACCUCGGCUCCGUCACGAGUCUGGCACGUAUCUUCGCUGAGCCCUUCACACGCGAGCGCUACAACCUCGACGAUUUCCUCGACAUCACCUACGGCACGCUCUUCGAGACCGAGGCGAAGAAGACGCUGCAGAAGCUCGGCACCAAGCCGGACGGAACUCCUCGGCGUCGACCGGUGCCUGCGCUGGCUUACAGUCUGCCGGGCGGCUUCGGCGCCGGUGGCUCGAGCGACAGCACGACUUGCAACCGCGUCGACAUCUUCCCAUCGGAAUCGGGACGCGCGAGGGCCAAGGCGUCGCUGGCUGCAGCCGAGGAGGAGGAGCAGCGCGAGGUGGAGCGCGAACGCGAGGAGCGUAAGCGUAAGCUCGGCGUCGACGGCGACGACGAAGACGACGACGAGCGCGAAGCGAGGGAGGCCAUCGAGCAGCUCAAGAGCGCCGAGCGGGCUAAGAAGCGCAAGGUCGACCAGACGGGCACCCACGACGCCUGCGCCAUGCUCUUCAGCUUUGCAUGA